UGAAAUGAAGUUCUUCACUAUCGCAAAACUUAAUGCUAUCAUUAGGAGCUUUGAAUACACGCGAGAAGAGAAGAAAGAUCAACCUGUUGAAAUUUCACGGGAUAAUGUGCAGUCUGAUAGCAAGUUACAGCAAACUGCUCAGUCAAUGAAGAACCUUCUUGUGCUCCUUCCUUUCAUGAUUGGAAACUUCAUACCAGAAACAGAUGAGAAGUGGAUCAACUACCUAAGACUGAUACAAAUUACGCUGCUCACAUUUUCAUCGGUAGCUUCAACUCGAACUGUGAACACACUGAAGCUUCUCAUCGCAACCCAUCAUUCUGCAUUUAGACGUCUCUACCCAGAAAGGCCAAUCACACCAAAAAUGCACUAUCUCAGUCACAUACCAAAGCAGAUAUGUGAUUUUGGACCAGCAAGAAAUCAUUCGUGUAUGCGGCUAGAAGGUAAACAUGGCGAGUGCAAAGACAAGAAAUAUAGAAACUUCAAGGCCAUCCACAAAUCGGUGACUGUUCAACACCAGUACAAAAUGUGCUUGCAGCAGUUCAAUGCUGAUGGCUCGGCCUCACAUGCAUACCUUUCAGAGGAUGACAUUGUUAAGGAAGGGCAUACUUGCAGUAUUGCUGACAGAGAAUUCCGCCAUUCUAUGAUUCAGAGAGAGUAUGGAGAUUCAGAGGAUGUUUGUGCACACCAAGCAUUGAAAACUACAGAGCUAAUUUCUCGUGGUCAUCGAUACACAGCUGGCACCAUACUGAUAAAAGAAUGUCCCCAGUGGGAGUAUCCAAAGUUCAUUACAAUUGAUGAGAUCCUGAUCUUCAACAAAGCCACAUAUUUUAUUUGUGAGGAACUAGAAACAGUUGCUUUCAAUUCACAUCUUAAUGCUUUCAGUGUUGCCAACACUGGUGAAGUGAAAACUGUGGCAUUGAAGCCAGAAACUGACCUAACAUAUCACUGGCCCCAGCUUGUGCAUACAGUGGACAGGACCAAGUAUGUGAUGCUUCAAAAUGUUGAUGAUGUAUGGCAGUUGUAGCAGUAGAGAAUGGUGUAGACUCUUCAGUUUUUCUCAGCCUUACUGAAGAUGACCUUUUCAGAAUGUUUCCAGGGAAGGUGGGAUAUGUCAGGAAGGUGAUGAUG